AUGGGAGUGGCCGGUAACGCACGGCAAUUGCGAUUCGUAAAAUAUCGAGAGUGCUCGCGUUUGGGGUCGCUUUUACAGCCUUCUAUGUCUCAGUCGAAAGAAAAUAAUUUAAAUAUGCCCAAAACUCACAAUAAGACCAAGAAACGCAAGAGCAAGAAUGCGAGAAAGAGAACUGCUUUGAAUAAUCAUGGACUCAAGAUUAUAACAAAACGCUGCGGUUGUACACUGAUUGAAAGCGACUGUGACGGCGAGCUCAAAGAUUACUUAGCCUCCAUGUUAGGAGAUCUAAGGAGGAAACUGAAAAGGGCCGUUUACCUUUACGAAAUUGUAAGCGAGGCAAAAAUGCCACAUGGGUCUGCUAUUCCGAAACGACCAGAAGAGGAAAUUGUGACGCAAUUGUUUGCAGCGUGGAAGAACCAACAUGGAACUUGGACAAAAUGUGGGAGAUGUGACAUAUGUCUUGCAUCUAACUCCAUCCAA